AUGGGUAUUCGUGAUUCUAUCCUCGGCUGGUACAACAAUACGACCUUGAUAAGGUCUGAUGCACAAAUCGAACGAGAACAAUACCUACUCGGCACUCUUGGAAUACGAGCAGGCCCCAAGUUUAACAGAUGGACGCUUUUGCCUGCUGCUGUGCUCGUACAACUCUCUGUCGGAUCUCUAUACGCAUGGUCCAAUUAUAAUUCCCCUCUCGACUCGUUAAUGUGGGGAGCAGCAAAUUUUAAGGCAAACCCAGGUCUCGCUCAAGCCCCCAACGUUUUCUACGUUGCUGUCGGUCUUUUCGGUGUCAGUGCCGCUACUCUGGGUCCAUGGUUGGAACGUGCUGGUCCAGUUAAAGCUCUCCUCCUGGGUAUCUCUCUCUUCUUGAUCGGUCAUGUUGUAGCUGCUGUUGGAUGUUUCACUGGAAUCUACGCAUUGGUCUUCCUCGGUUACGGUGGCAUCUCUGGUAUCGGUUUCGGUCUUACAUACAUUUCCCCGGUAUCCCCAUUACAAAAGUGGUUCCCUGACUGGAGAGGUCUUGCUUCUGGAUUCGCUGUUGCCGGGUUUGGUGGUGGAACAUUGGUUGCUUCUUACUUCAUCUCGUACUUGAUCACAACCUACGGUGUCGGUUACUCCUUCCUCGUUACCGGUAUCACUUACGCCGUCGUCAUGUUGUUAUGUGUCCCCUUCUUCAGAGUGCCCCCACCAGGCUACCAAGUUGGUGCCAUCAACGUCAACGUUGUUAAGGGUGAAGCCGCCAUCAACGCUGAACAUGCUGCCUCUGUUACCGAAAAAGACCUUAAGUCUGCUGAAUCUGGUGUCUUGGUCGUCGACGAACCAGCUGUGAAGACCAACCUCUUCUCAUCUCGUGAUCUUUUGCAACUCAUCUUCUCCGCUGAUUUUAUCUUCAUGUACAUUAUGUUGAUGGGUAACUCUAUAACUGGUCUCCUUAUCGUCUCCCGUCUAUCCAACAUGGUCCAACAAUUGUUCGGAAAGCCAGCAUACGAAGGAACUACAAUGGUUGCCAUCAACUCGCUCGUUAACAUGACUGGUCGUAUCGGCUUCUCCACAAUGUCUGACUACUUUGGACGUCGCCCAAUGUUCAUCUUCACCCUAUCGUGCCAAAUCGCCUGUAUCUAUGGUAUCUUGGCUUCUGCUCAAGCUGGAAUAUACGGUGCUUUCCUGUUCUGUAUCUUCCUCGCUACCAUGUGUUACGGAGCCGGAUUCGGUCUGAUCCCUGCUUUCUUGGCUGAUCAGUUUGGUGGCAAAAUGACUGGUGCUACUCACGGUUUCAUAUUAACUGCUUGGUCUUUCGAUGGUGUCAUUGGUGGUCUCAUCUUCACAGCCAUCUACAACAACAACAUUGUACACGUUCCAGGAUCUACACUAGUUGACCCAGUCUCAUACCAAGUCGAUUUCUACUGGGUGUCUGCCGUGGUCAUCAUUGGCUGGUUGACCACUGUCUUCCUUGUACGAACUGACCUAAAGACUCGAUUCCAACCUAAACGAGCUGGUGAAUUGAUGAGAUCUAGACUGUUUGGCCGUCUAUUCCUAGUUGGUUCAUUCGGUAUCAAGGCUGUGUCCAAGGAACAGGAGGAUGCUGAAUGGGCUGAAUGGUUAGAAAAAGCUAAACGUGGUGAAGUGGUUGUUGGCAAGCUCAGCAACGGUGGCCGCCCUUGA